AUGGAGACUUCGUCCACGCCUUCGACCAAGCGCUCGGCUUUCCAGGGCCCGUGCUAUUUGAAAAUGAUCGUGAACAACGUAGCGGCCGGUGCGAUCAUUGGAAAGAACGGCAUCGCAAUUGCAGCGAUGGAGCAGCAGACCGGCUGCGCGCUGAAGCUCUCGCCCCUCAACGCGUUCUACCCUGGCACCCAGGACCGCGUGCUCGUGAUGAGCGGCGAGCAGGAGCAGGUGAACAACGCGCUCGUGUUGAUUCUCGGGAAAAUCAAGGAAACGGUCACGUCUCAUUUCGGGACCUCCGGGACUCAGAGCGGUGCGCAGGCAGGUUCCACGGGGAGCGGCUCUCCGGAGCUGGCCCGCCAGGCCUUUGGCAGCGACGCCGCAGCUCAGCACAAGAUCACCUGUCGCCUCGCCGUUCCCCGCUCUGCGGUGUCCACCAUCAUCGGGAAAGGCGGCCAGCAGAUUCGCGAGCUCCAAGACACCACCGGUGCGCGUGUCCAGGUGUCGAGUCGCGAGGAAGGUCUUGCGGAGCGCAUGAUCACCAUCUCCGGUGUCCUGGAGCAAGUCCGGGCGGCGGCGCUCGGCAUCGCGUCCUGCAUCCAGUCUGACCCGUACUUGCGGGAUCACAUGCAUGUGGUCUACAAGCCUGGCGCUCCGGGGGGGGGCGCGACCCUGGGGGCAGCUCCAGGGGGCCUUGGGGGCGCCCUUGGCGGCCCCGGGUACUGCGUCGUUCCCAAUGUGUACGGCAACGCGCCGUACGGAGGCGGAGGUCACUUGUACGGCCACGGGGCAGCGGGCCACUCGGCCGCCGCGGACGCGCUGAGUCUCCAGUGCGAGAUCUCCCUCCAGGUCCCGGAUCAAUCGAUCGGCGCUGUGAUUGGCCGGAACGGCGCGUGCGUGACGGAAGUCAUCAACGCCACGGGCGCCCGCGUCCAGAUCAGCCAGAAGGGGGACUUGGUGCCUGGGACGAAUGACCGGAAAAUCGUCCUGUCCGGCACGGUCGGCGCUGUGCACAGCGCGCAUCUCCUGCUGCUCCAGAGAAUCCACGCCGUGCAAGACGGAGCGGGUGGCAAACACUCCGCGGCAGGUCCAGUCUCUGUACAGGGCGGCCCCAGUGCUGCUUCCUCGGGGAACGGCAUGGGAGCCGCUGGGGGCCCACUGGAGCUGCACAGCGCUGUGCAGCAGCCCCACGGACUGCAGGGCAACCUCCACUAUCUUCACUCGGGGGGCUACGGCUAUUGA